AUGGGGCUACGUGCGACCCCAUUCUGUGCUAUGGGCGUGGCCUUUGCUCUGUGCCUGCUUAUCGCGCUGUGUAAUGCCGAACUAACGCCGCCAUAUUUCAAUCUGGCCACUGGCCGCAAGAUUCACGCAACUGCCACAUGUGGCGAGGAUACAGAUGGACCCGAGCUCUACUGUAAGCUGGUCGGUGCGAAUACGGAGAAUGAUCACAUCGAUUACUCGGUUAUUCAAGGCCAGGUCUGCGACUAUUGUGAUCCCAAUGUGCCGGAGAAGAAUCACCCGCCAGAGAAUGCAAUCGAUGGCACUGAGGCCUGGUGGCAGAGUCCACCCUUGUCCCGAGGCAUGAAAUUCAACGAAGUCAAUUUGACCAUCAAUUUCGAACAGGAAUUCCAUGUCGCUUACUUGUUCAUACGUAUGGGCAACUCGCCGCGUCCUGGUCUCUGGACACUGGAGAAGUCCACAGAUUAUGGCAAGACCUGGACACCCUGGCAACACUUUUCCGAUACGCCCGCUGAUUGUGAGACAUAUUUUGGCAAGGACACGUACAAGCCAAUAACACGCGAUAACGAUGUCAUCUGCACCACGGAAUACUCGAAAAUUGUGCCGCUGGAGAAUGGCGAGAUACCAGUCAUGCUGCUCAACGGACGUCCUUCCGCCACCAAUUACUUCAACUCAACUAUGCUGCAGGAAUGGACGCGUGCCACCAAUGUGCGAAUACGUUUGCUGCGUACCAAGAAUCUGUUGGGUCAUUUGAUGUCCGUGGCAAGACAGGAUCCGACAGUGACCCGGCGUUAUUUCUAUUCGAUAAAAGACAUAUCGAUUGGUGGACGUUGCAUGUGCAAUGGUCAUGCUGAUACCUGCGAUGUCAAGGAUCCGCUUAGUCCGGUGCGUAUAUUGGCAUGUCGUUGCCAGCAUCACACCUGCGGCAUUCAGUGCAACCAGUGUUGUCCAGGAUUCGAGCAGAAAAAAUGGCGUCAGAACACCAAUGCGCGUCCAUUCAACUGCGAGCCCUGUAAUUGCCAUGGCCACAGCAACGAGUGCAUCUACGAUGAGGAUGUGAAUCGCAAAGGUCUAUCGCUGGAUAUACAUGGUCACUAUGAUGGCGGCGGCGUCUGUCAGAACUGCCAGCACAAUACCGAAGGCACCAAUUGUAACAAGUGCAAGCCAAAAUACUAUCGACCCAGGGGCAAGUACUGGAACGAGACGGACGUCUGCAGUCCCUGUAACUGCGACUAUUUCUACUCUACUGGCCACUGUGAGGAGGAGACGGGCAAAUGCGAGUGUCGUGCUGCCUUCCAGCCACCCAACUGUGACUCCUGUUCCUAUGGUUAUUAUGGCUAUCCGCAGUGCCGCGAGUGUGAGUGUAAUCUGAAUGGCACCAAUGGCUACAACUGCGAGGCUGUUAAUGGCAUUUGUCCGUGCAAAACGAACUUCGCGGGCGCUCUGUGCAAGGAGUGCGCCGAAUCCUAUUACGGUUUCCCCGAGUGCAAGGCCUGCCAGUGUAAUAAGCUGGGCUCCAUUAAUAACGACUGCGAUGUGGUCUCUGGCAAUUGCACCUGUCUCAGCAAUUGGGGCGGCGCACAGUGUGAGCGUUGCAAGGAUGGCUACUACAACGAACCCACAUGCUCAUACUGCGACUGUGAUCACCAGGGCACAGAGUCGGAAAUCUGUAAUAAGGAGUCCGGACAAUGUAUCUGCCGCGACGGUUUUGGUGGACCACGUUGUGAUCGUUGCUUGCCAGGAUAUUACAACUAUCCAUCCUGUCAGCCAUGCAAUUGCUCCACAACGGGCAGCUCCGCAAGCACCUGUGACAACACCGGCAAGUGUAACUGUCUGAUUAACUACUCCGGCAAGCUGUGCAACAUGUGCAGUGCUGGCUACUAUAACUACCCGGAGUGCUUGCCCUGCAACUGCGAUGAGCACGGCUCAGAGGGCGUCACCUGUAAUGAAGAUGGUUGCUUCUGUAAGCCCAACUUUGACGGUCGCCAGUGCGAGAGAUGCAAGGAAUCAUUUUACAACUUCCCCGCCUGCGAGGAUUGCAACUGUGAUCCUGCCGGUGUGAUUGAUCAAUUCGCCGGCUGUGGCUCGGUACCGGUGGGCGAGCUUUGUAAAUGCAAGGAGCGUGUGAGGGGUAGAAUCUGCAAUGAAUGCAAGCCGCUUUACUGGAACUUGACCGUUAGUAAUCCGGAGGGAUGUCAGGAAUGCGAUUGCUUUAUAGACGGCACCGUUUCGGGCCUGGAUACCUGCGCCUCCAAGUUGGGUAAUUGCCAUUGCAAGCCCCACACCACGGGCCGGCGGUGCAAUGAGUGCAAGGAUGGCACCUUCGAUCUGGAUGGCUCCUCAUUGUUUGGCUGCAAGGACUGCAGCUGCGAUGUGGGCGGCUCAUGGAAAAGCGAAUGCAAUAAGAUUAGCGGACAGUGCAGCUGCCAUCCGCGUGUUACGGGACGCGCCUGUACGCAGCCACUGACCACUCACUAUUUCCCCACGCUACAUCAGUUCCAGUAUGAGUACGAGGACGGCUUACAGCCAUCGGGCGCCCAGGUGCGCUAUCAGUACCUUGAAGAGAUCUUCCCAGACUUUAGCAGCAAAGGCUAUGCUGUGUUCAAUGACAUACAGAACGAGGUGCGCAACGAGCUGACGGUGUUCAAGUCCUCGGUCUAUCGCAUUGUCAUACGGUAUAUGAAUCCAAACGAGAAGAAUGUAACGGCCAGCAUACUCAUACAAUCCGAGAAUCCGCUGGAGGUUGAUCAAAACGUCAAGGUGCUCCUGCGUCCGACAAACGAACCAGAAUUUGUCACCGUCUCCGGCCCAAAGGGCAAUAAGCCAUCGGCCGUGGUUCUCGAUCCUGGACGUUACAACUUCACCACCAAGGCCAAUAGAAAUGUUAUGCUGGACUACUUUGUGCUCUUGCCCGCUGCCUACUAUGAGGCAUCUAUUUUGACGCGCCACAUUGCCAAUCCCUGUGAGCUGGGCAACAUGGAACUGUGCCGUCAUUAUAAAUACGCAUCCGUGGAUGUCUUCGAGCCGGCCACCACACCAUUCGUUAUUGGCUCCAAUGACAAGCCCACAAAUCCCACCGAAGUCUACAGCGAUCCGGAGCAUUUGGAGAUUGUUAGCCAUGUAGGCGAUAUACCUGUGCUUAGUAACACACAAAAAGAGCUCAACUAUAUUGUGGAUGUGCCGCGCAGUGGUCGCUACAUCUUUGUUAUUGACUACAUCAGCGAUAGAAACUUUGCGGUGCCCUAUGAUGUGAAUCUGAGGCUGGGCAAUGAUCCAGAUUCUCAAUCCUCUGUCUAUCUGUAUCCCUGUCUGUACUCCACGGUCUGUCGCACGCCCAUCAAUGACGAUGGACGCGAGAAGGCCUUCUAUAUCAACAAAGAUGACUUGCAGCCAGUGACCAUUUAUGCGGACGUUGAUGGUGAUUAUCGCGUACCGAUUAUUUCCGUGACGGCCAUACCAGUCGAGCAGUGGUCCAUUGACUACAUCAAUCCAAGUCCAGUGUGUGUCAUACACGAUAAGCAAUGCGCUACACCAAAAUUCCGCUCAGUGCCCGAUUCCAAGAAGAUUGAAUUCGAAACGGAUCACGAAGAUCGCAUAGCCACAAACAAACCGCCUUAUGCCGCCUUCGAUGAGCGUGUGAAGCUUGUACACCUGGAUAGUAGACACGAUGGCACAAUUGUGAUUGAGUCUAAGGUGUCGGAGCCACAUCGUUAUGUCAUACUGGUCAAGUACUAUCAGCCCAAUCAUCCCAAGUACCAGGUGCUCUACACACUGACCGCUGGCAAGAAUCAGUACGAUGGCAAAUUCGACAUACAACAUUGCCCAUCCAGCUCAGGCUGUCGCGGUGUCAUACGACCCAGUGGCGACGACUGGUGGUUCGACAUUGAAGAUGACUUCAAAUUCACUCUGACGAAUCCGCGAGCCCAGGGUGUUUGGCUGGACUAUUUGGUGGUGGUGCCCGUCGGUCAAUAUGGUGACGAUCUGCUGGUGGAGGAGACAUUUGAUCAAACCAAGGAGUUCAUCAAGAACUGCGGCCAGGAUCAUUUUCACAUUACACACAAUGCCAGCGAUUUUUGUAAGAAUGCCGUCUUCUCGCUGACCGCGGACUAUAACAACGGCGCACUGCCCUGCAGCUGUGACUACGGGGGCUCCACAAGCUUCGAGUGUCAUCCAUUUGGUGGCCAGUGCCAGUGCCGUAAGAAUGUCAUAGGACGCCAGUGCACGGCCUGUCGCACCGGCUAUUACGGCUUCCCGGACUGCAAGGCCUGCGAUUGCCCCAGCACUGCCAUGUGUGAGUCCACCACAGGUAAAUGCAUGUGCCCACCCAAUGUCAUCGGUGCCUUGUGUGACAAAUGCGCGCCGCACACUUAUGGCUUCCAUCAGGUGAUUGGCUGCGAGGAGUGCAACUGCAAUUACAUGGGCAUAGCGAAUGGUAAUCAACAGUGCGACAUGUUCAAUGGAUCCUGCGAGUGUCGCGAUAAUAUCGUGGGCAGAGCCUGUGACGGUUGUGCCCAUGGCUUCUAUGAGUUUCCACGCUGCAGCAGAUGCAGCUGCCACAAGCCAGGCACUGAGCUGGAAGUGUGCGACAAGAUCGAUGGCAGUUGCUUCUGCAAAAAGAAUGUGGUUGGACGCGAUUGUGAUCAGUGCGUGGAGGGCACAUACAAUCUGCAGGACAGCAAUCCCGAUGGCUGCACCACGUGCUUCUGCUUUGGCAAGACUUCUCGCUGCGAUAGCGCCUAUCUGCGCGUAUACAAUGUCAGCCUGAUGAAGCACAAGACCAUAAACUCGGCUGACUUCAACGACAAGAGCAUUGAGUUUGAGAUCUGGGAUGUAGCGCAGGAGGAAUUGGUUGUGAAUGAGACAACACUGCAGGCGGACUUCUCCUACAGGGAUGCGAAAGAUCAGCGCGUUGCCUACUUUGGUGUUCUGGACUAUCUGCUCAAUCAGAAUAGUCACAUUUCUGCCUAUGGCGGCGAUCUCGGUUACACGCUAUACUUCACCUCGGGCUUUGUGGGCAAGGCCAUUGUCGCACCGGACGUCAUACUGCUCAGCAAGGAUCAUAUACUCGUGCACCAGAGCUACGAGCAGCCCAGCAGUAACUUGCCCUUUAAGAAUCGACUGCAGAUGGUGGAGAGCAACUUCCAGACACAGACGGGCAAGUCCGUUAGCCGAGCCGACUUCAUGAUGGCUCUGCGCGAUCUUAGGAUGAUCUUUAUACGCGCCAACUACUGGGAGCAAACGCUGAAUACGCAGCUAUCCGAUGUCUAUUUGACGCUGGCCGACGAGGAUGCCGAUGGUACGGGCGAGUACCAGUUCCUGGCCGUCGAGCACUGCCACUGCCCGCCUGGUUAUACCGGCCACUCGUGCGAGGAUUGCGCACCUGGCUAUUAUCGUGAUCAGAAUGGACCUUAUGGUGGCUAUUGUAUACCCUGCGAGUGCAAUGGCCAUGCCGACACCUGCGACUGUGCCACGGGCAUCUGCAAGGACUGCCAGCAUUCGACGCGAGGCGACCACUGUGAGGAGUGUGUGGCGGGCUACUAUGGAAAUGCCACCAGAGGCACACCACACGAUUGCAUAAUAUGCUCCUGUCCACUGCCCUUCGAUUCCAACAACUUUGCGACUGGCUGCGAGAUUUCCGAGUCCGGCGACAAGAUACAUUGCGACUGCCUGCCCGGCUACACGGGAGCACGUUGUGAAUCCUGUGCCAACGGCUUCUAUGGCUCACCGGAAACACAGGGGGAUGUGUGCAAGCCUUGCGAAUGCUCCGGAAAUAUAAAUCCCAACGAGUCGGGCUCCUGCGACACACGUACGGGCGAAUGUCUGCGUUGCCUGAACAACACAUCGGGCAUGGCUUGCAAUCUGUGCGCGCCUGGCUUCUAUGGUGAUGCAGUGCAGCUGAAGAACUGUCAGAGCUGCGACUGCGAUGAGCUGGGUACCCUCGAAUGCGAUCCUUUUGUAGGCAAAUGCAAGUGCCACGAUAAUGUAAUUGGCGAGCGCUGUGAUCGCUGCAAGCCGGAUCAUUAUGGAUUCGAUUCAGGCGUUGGGUGCCGCGCCUGCGACUGUGGUGCUGCGUCCAACUCCACCCAAUGCGAUGAUCAUACGGGACACUGCUUGUGCAAACCGGGCGUUACGGGUCGUCAAUGCGAUCGCUGCACUGUGGAUCACUGGAACUAUGAGAAGGAAGGCUGCUCACCAUGUAACUGCAAUCAAGGCUACUCGCGUGCGGGCACUGGUUGCAAUCCGCAGACGGGACAGUGUGUCUGCUUACCGGGUGUUAUUGGAGAUCGCUGUGAGGCGUGCCCGAACCGCUGGGUUCUCACUGAGGAUGGUUGCAUGGAAUGCAACAAUUGUCAUCAUGCUCUCUUGGAUGUUACUGAUAAGCUUCGCUUUGAAAUCGACGGCGUGUUGCAGGAUUUCCAGACCGUAACCAUGGCCUUCUUUACCAGUCAGAAGCUAAACUACUUCGACGAGCUGACGGAAGAACUGGUACCCAAAGUGCAGGCAUUAGAUCCAACCAGCGUGAAUUUGUCGCCGUCGCAAAAGCUCAACAGCGAGCUGGAGUCGGCUAGCAAAGCCUAUGCCAAGCAGGUCAACCAAACACUGGGCAAUGCGCAGGAUAUACGUCACAGAUCCGGGGUCCUGCUGGGCAACGUGUCCGCCGUGUAUGAGGAGGCGCUGGGAAGCGUACAACAGGCGACAGAUGCCAUUGAGGCCGUCGAAUCUUUGUCGCAGAAUCUGGAAGCCACGGCUAGCACCAAAAUUGAUGCAGCUUUGGAUCAGGCCCAGCACAUACUCAACCAAAUCAAUGGCACGGAAAUCGAGCUGCAGUCCAAUGAGCUGGUGCUGGACAAGGCACGUCAGCUGUAUGACGAGGUGGAUCAGCUGGUUGAGCCCAUCAAGCAGCAGAAUAGAAGUCUCAAUGCACUGAAGAAUGACAUCGGCGAGUUCAGCGACAAGCUGGAGGAUCUGUUCAACUGGAGCGAGCAAUCGCAGCGUCAGUCCAGCGAUGUGGAGCGCCUGAAUGUGGCCAACAAGCGGGCGUACGACAACUCCAAGUUCGAUACUGUCUCCGAGCAGGAGCAGGAGGCGGAGAAAAACAUUAAGGAGGCGGGCGACUAUCUCAUCAAUGGUGACCUGACACUGGGACAGAUUGACAAUAAACUCGAGGAUCUGCGCGGUGCACUGGAAGUGCUCAAGACCGUUAAUAAGGAUGUUGAUGAGGAAUUGCCGGAACGCGACGAGCAGCACAAGGAGGCCGAAGAGUUGACACAGCAGGCCGAGCAACGGGCGGCUGAGUUAACCGUGCGAGCCGAAGAUCUGGCCAGCCAAUAUGCCGACAUGACACAAAGCGCUGAUCCGGCCAUCCAGGCAGCCACCGCCUACUCAAACAUUGUCGAAGCCGUGCAAUCCGCGGAACAAUUGGCUCAGGAUGCCAAGAUCGCUGCAGGCAAUGCCACACUGAUUACUGAUGGCAUUGAGGAGCGUGCCGGUAAUGCUGAUAUUCAGUCCGCGGAGCUGUUGCAGAAGGCUCGCCAGGCUCUGCUCACGGUGCAAGAUGAUCUUGAGCCACGACUCAAUGGUUCGGCCAGUAAAGUGCAAGACAUCUCGCAAUUGAACGCCGCCACGGAGGAGCAGCUCAAAGAGAUCAACAUACUGAUUAAGAAACUGCCCGCUGAAACGCAGCGCGAUAUGUGGAAGAGCUCCAAUAGCACUGCCAGCGAAGCACUUGACAUAUUGCACAAUGUCCUGAAAAUCCUUGAGCCAGUAAGUGCACAAACGCCCAAGGAGCUGGAAAAGGCGCGCAACAUCAGUCGCGAUGUGGAAAUUACCAACAAAGAGAUUUCCCAGGCCAACAAUCAAUUGGAUAACGUGGACACAACCAUACCCAAGCUUAAUGAGCUGGUCGAUGAGAUUGGCGAACAGCAGCAGCUGGUGAGUGAGAGAAGCCAAAAGCUGGGCCAGGACAUUGAGCACCUGAAACGUCAAAUUGAGACCGCCAGACGCACCGCUAACAACAUCAAGGUGGGCGUACAGUUUACGCCCAGCACCGUGCUGGAGUUGAAGACGCCCGAGAAGGCACCACUGCUGGCCACCAAGACAAAACUGUCGACGUUCUUCCGCACCAACGAACCAAAUGGCUUCCUCCUCUAUCUGGGCAACGAUAACAAGACCAGCCAAAAGAAUACGGACUUUGUCGCCUUGGAGAUAUUUAAUGGAUAUCCAAUAAUGACCAUUGACUUGGGUAAUGGACCCGAGCGCAUCACCAGCUCUAAGCAUGUGGCGGAUGGCAACUGGUAUCAGGCCAUUUUGGAUCGUGUAGGCUCCAAUGCCAAGCUCACCAUACGGGAGCAGCUGCCCAAUGGUGAGGUGAAGGAUCAUACCAAGUCUGGCUAUCUGGUUGGCGCCAACAAUGUGCUGCAUGUGGAUCGUAAUAGUCGCCUAUUUGUUGGUGGCUAUCCGGGUCCCUCCGAUUUCAUUGCACCCGAAGACAUUACCUCCUCCUCCUUCAACGGCGACAUUGAGGAUCUGCGCAUUGGUGAUGAGAACGUCGGCCUCUGGAACUUUGUCUAUGGUGAGGAGAACAAGCUAGGCGCACGCGAACGCGACAUUCUGCUGGAGGAACAAAUGCCUGUCACUGGUCUGCGCUUCAAGGGCAACGGAUUUGUCCAAAUGAAGGCAGCUCCGUACAAUUUCAAGACGCGCUCCAGCAUACAGUUCCGUUUCAAGGCCGCCAAGGAUGCCAGAAACGGUUUGUUGUUCUUCUAUGGACGUAACAAGCACUACAUGUCCAUAGAGUUGGUCGAGGGGGCCAUUUUCUUCCGCUUCAAGCUGGGUGAUGCAUUGGUUUCCUCUGGCAGUCAGGAUCGCUACAACGACAAUCAAUGGCAUCGUGUCGUGGCCGAGCGCGACGGUCGCCGUGGUCUGCUUAAGGUGGACGAUGUGCUGCUGUUCCAAGAGGAGGCGCCCAUCGGCGCUGACGAAGAAAUGCCCAAAUUAAAUCGCAUGUACUUUGGUGGUUAUCCGGGUCGUCGUAAUCACUCCGAGAUUGUUGAACAAAACUUUGAUGGAUGCAUUGAUGACGUCAGCAUCUCUGGCUACAAAGUCGAUCUGACGCAGUACGUCAAUGGAACUGGCGUGGUUGAGGGCUGCCCCGACAAGUACUCCACAUCGCUUGCAUAUCCACCACAUGAGUAUGGCUUCCUACGCAUCGCCAAUAUCUCAUCAGACAACAAUUUCGAUGUGGUGCUGCGCUUUAAGACCCGCCAGCCCGAUGGAGUUCUCUUCUAUGCCGCCAAUCAUGACCAGAGCUCAACCAUUGGCCUCACUCUGGACCGUGGAUAUCUGACGCUACGCAGCAUGGGAACCGAACUGGCCAUUGACAGUCGCCAGUACGACGAUGGCGAGGAUCAUGUGAUCACUGUGCAUCACGAUGCCGAUCAGCUGCGACUCUCCGUGGAUGACACCGAAGCUAAGCGGCGGGCCAUCAAAGAACCUCUUGAGAUAAAGGGCGGCGAUAUAUUCUUUGGCGGACUGCCAGAUAAUUAUAUACCACCCAAGGAGGCUAUCUCCACUACCGCGUACUUCGUCGGCUGCAUCAGCGACGUCACCGUCAACGGCGAGAUUAUCAACUUUGCGGACAGCGCUGAGAAGAAGAAUGGUAACAUCAAUGGCUGUCCUCAGGAUAUUCUAGCUUACGAGCCCAAAUAUUUGCCUACCUACUACCCAAGUGGAGCCAACGAACUGGAGCCGCCCGAGCCGCCUAGAAAACCAUUCAGAAAUGACAAUGUGGACAUGUUUAUGAUUCCGCCACCCGAAACUACAACUACAACUACAACAACGACGACAACAACGACGACGACGACGACAGCCCCUACAACUGUUACAACAGCGACCACGAAAGAAGCGCCAAUAAGGGAUAAGGAGCCACUGCCGCCACUGGGUCCGCCCACCACGCCAAAGAUAAUGAUAGGCAAACCACGACCGCCACCAAUCCUCAAUCUGCCCAGCGAUCCCAGCUGCAAGAUGUCCGUCAAUCCCAACUAUGAUGUUGACUUUGUGGAGGCGGGCUACCGCUUCUACUCGCUCAAGGAUCAGCGCCUUGAAUUCCAAACGCUACCGGUUAGACUGCGAAAACAUUACGAUAUCAGCAUGUCUAUUCGCACCAGCUAUCCCAAUGGCCUGCUCUUCUACGCAGCAAGCCAGGAGAAGAAUGACUUCAUAGCGGUAUAUUUGUCUGAUGGGCGUGUAUACCAUCAGGUGAGCGUUGGUGCCACCGUCCAGGCAAAGAUAAUCAGUCAGGAGGAUCUUUUCGAUGGCGAAUGGCAUACAAUCGAGUUUGUGCGCACCAAUCGCAAGAUUAGCCUUAGCAUAGAUGGCGUCGAGCAGGCGGGCUCUGUGGAGCUGAACAAUGAUCGUACGCCACCCAACUUAUCGGUUGAACUGCCCGUUUAUGUGGGCGGCAUCACCAGAUAUUUGGAGCAGGAUCUCAAACGCCAAACCGAAUUCGGCGGCAACGCCACAUCAUAUUACAAUGGCUGCAUCAGGGACAUCAAGUUCAAUGGCCUGGCAUUGGAGAGUGAGCCGAUAGUCCAUCAAGUGGUCCCUUGCUCCGAGCAAGUGGAGCACGGCCUAUACUUCCAUCAGCCGAGCGGCUAUGUGAAGCUCUUUGAGCGCUUCUCUGUCGGCACCGAAGUUACCAUUAGCUUUGACUUCCGACCGCGUGAUCCAAACGGUUUACUGUUCUCGGUGCAUGGCAAGAACUCGUACCUAAUUCUGGAGCUGGUUAACAACACGCUCAGCUUCACCGUCAAGUCCGAUGCCAAGAAUACGAUUGUUACCAACUAUACGCUGCCAAACAAUGCCAGCUACUGUGAUGGUACUUGGCGCAAUGUGCAGGCCAUCAAAUCCAAGUUCGUCAUCACCAUUGCCGUGGACUUUGUCAGCUCUGGACCGGGCGUAGGCAAUGAGGGUUCGGCAUUCACCAAGACGAAUCGUCCACUGUUCAUGGGCGGCCAUCAUGCGUUCGCCAAGGCGCCGGGCAUCAAGACCAAAAAGACCUUCAAUGGCUGCAUCAAGAAUGUGCAAAUCAACAAAAAGGACGUGACCAUAACGCCAAAUCUUGUCUUUGGCGAUAUUUGGCAAGGUGUUUGCCCCUUGAACUAAACCCUCUACAAAUAUAAUUUUCGACUCUGGACUUCGGCAAAGGACACACGAUUUGGAUUGCCGUCAUAUGGUUUAACUAACCAACGUGGAAAGAUGACAUCUGAAAUGAAAUGAAAAGGACUACGAACGAACAAAAUACGAACAAUAUCGACGGGCUGUCGAAUGAUCUGGGAGUUCUGUAUAACAAGGACUAACAGUAUAGCUAAACGUCGUACAUAUUUCUAAUAUAUAAGUAAAAACUUGUGCCAAUAAUCCGUAAUAUCCAUAAUUUGUUCAGAUUUCUUGUAACUUUGAAAAUAUUCUUGUCAAUUGCUUAAAUAAAUAUUGAAUUAACAACUUAAUAAAAUACAUACUCUUUCGGAUAAAAUAACUUUGCUUAAUGAAAAACUAUUUCAUUUAAUGAUUAUGUUAUAUAUACAUAUUUAUUCAAGUUUCUGAUUAGGUUACACAUGUCUCCUUGGAGAGCAUUGAAUGCGCAAGUUUCAGCUUUUAGCAGAGUGACAAUAGAACUUGACAAUUGUUCAAAUUUCAGUCGAUUGGAAUUCCUGAAUUCUAGCAUUUCCAAUAUUCUAUUGACACUGCCGUGUGCUGUUCAUCGUUUACAUAUUCAUAUUGUGUAAAGGACUUGCUAUAGUUUAUACAUUAAUUAUUUUGGUAUACAUAUAUACAUGUGUUGUACAUAUGUUUUUGUAAUAAAAUUGUGUCGUUUCGAUAGUGUGAAGUUUACAGAAAGAAAUUAGUUUGAGAAAAAAAAAUUCUGACAGGGUUAUACACCUAAGAGUUCCGUUUAAAAUUGCCGGUGUGCUUGGUUGUAUGUGUUAGUGUUUGUUCUAAACAGAAUUCUUAUUAAGAAACCAAGAAAUUUUCAUAUUAUUUCUGGUUUCACUAUUUUGAAUGAAAUGAAUAGAUUGAACGAAAACCUAGUAUGCAUAACCUAGAAAUAUUAUAUAUGCCUAUGUAUAUAUUCUAUGUAUGGUGUGUUUGCAUGUGUGUGUGUGUGUGU